AUGCACACGGACCUUGACACCGACAUGGACACGGACACAGAAACCACAGCACUCUGCCCCUCCGGCAGCCACCGGGCCUCCCCCCCAGGGACACCCACACCAGAAACAGAUGCCUCACUGCUGAAGAAGACAGAGAAGCUGUUGGCAGGGUUGGACCGGGGUGGGCCACCCCCUGCCCCAGGGGCCCCCAGACGAAGAGGCAGUAUGCCUGUCCCCUACAAGCACCAGCUGCGGCGCGCCCAGGCCAUAGAUGAACUUGACUGGCCACCUCAAGCCUCAUCCUCUGGUUCCUCUGACUCCUUGGGCUCAGGGGAGGCAGGCCCCACCCAAAAGGAUGGCAUCUUCAAGGUCAUGCUGGUAGGGGAGAGCGGCGUGGGCAAGAGCACCCUAGCAGGCACUUUCGGUGGUCUCCAGGGAGACAGUGCUCAUGAGCCGGAGAACCCAGAGGACACCUAUGAAAGACGCAUCAUGGUGGAUAAGGAGGAAGUGACUCUAGUUGUUUAUGACAUCUGGGAACAGGGGGACGCAGGGGGGUGGCUGCGGGACCACUGCCUUCAGACCGGGGAUGCCUUUCUCAUCGUCUUCUCAGUCACCGACCGACGGAGCUUCUCCAAAGUUCCAGAGACCCUACUUAGGCUGCGGGCUGGGAGGCCCCACCACGACCUCCCUGUCAUCCUCGUUGGAAACAAGAGCGACCUGGCCCGCUCCCGGGAGGUCUCACUGGAGGAGGGCCGGCACCUGGCAGGGACCCUGAGCUGCAAGCACAUCGAGACGUCGGCCGCGCUGCACCACAACACGCGGGAGCUCUUCGAGGGCGCGGUGCGCCAGAUCCGGCUGCGGCGGGGCCGGAGCCGCGCCGGGGGCCCGCGGCCCGAGUGGGGCUGCCCCGACGGCCCCCCGCCGCCCGCGCGCCGCGAGAGCCUCACCAAGAAGGCCAAGCGCUUCCUGGCCAACCUGGUGCCGCGCAACGCCAAGUUCUUCAAGCAGCGCUCCAGGUCGUGUCACGACCUCUCCGUGCUCUGAGCCGCGGUCGUCAUGGUCACCACGGUCGCCAUGGUCACCGCGCCCUCAGCUCGCCCCCUCGCCCCGCCCCGCC